AUGGACGAGGACCAGAACCUUUGGGCGAAGAUCAAAGCAGCCAAAAACCAUCUAUUUACUCAGACCGGCUUCUUGCAGCAGUACCGUGUUGGCCCUAGUCUCACAGGCAACUUUCCCAUCAACCACAACCGUCCCUCUGAUCCUCUCCCAACAACAUCUAUUCCUGAUACCACACAGAAGAAGGGGACAGAAGAGAGGAAGAGUUCUAUUACAGUUGGUGAGAACGAGUCAAAGAAUUCGCGGGAGCCCUUGAGCGGCUACCCCUCUUCCUCUGUCGCGCAGAGUGAAUCUUUUACUUCACUGUCCACCAUCGUCCCAAAAGCUCUACCUCCAGGAAGAAACGGACUUCCUCCCCGACUGAUUCCUCAGAGUGAGAGCCAGAAGUCUACCCUUAACACAACGAGCGCGCUACCUCUGAAAGAAGAACAACCGGUUGCUUCUCACGAAAACGCACAGACAGCCCUUGUCAAGAUGUCCGACACUUCGGAUGAAGUCAUGCUGAGAAACGGCCGAUUUGGAGGCAAUAUAAGUGGGCGGUUCGGAAGCGGCCUCAAGCCUCGACAGGUACUCGAACAGAACAUCACUCAACACGAGAGCAGAUGUUCGUCAAACCCCAUACAGAAUGGACGAUCGGAUAGCAGAACCGAUAUCUCUGUCAAAAGGGAGCUAGCCCCGCUGAGCAGUGAGGCGAAUAUUAGACGCCCUUCUGCGGACGAGAUUCCAUCGCAGAACAAGCCUCACAGCGACGUGCUCAAGGGCCUCCAGAAGUCUGCACCGCAGGAGACCCUGGAGGAACUGAAGCGGCUGCAGCAGAAGAUUGUGGUCAAGGCCCACCAGAACCGCUUCAAAGACCUGGAUACGCCUUCUACGAACCCCGAAGCCCUGAUCAAGGUUAGAGAGGGCCCGGGAACAGACCCUAAAUCCAAGGUUUACCAAGAACUUUCCAAGUGGCGUGCUGUUCCAGGCAAAUCCCAGAGAAAUUCGUCCGUCCAGUCACCUGUUGGUGCUCUGGGGCCAAAGAUUGAAACUGGACUUGAACGGUACCAGGCGCAAUGGACUGCUUAUGCAGAGACUGAGGCGGUUUAUCCCGUUGUCGAUGAUGGACGGCUCGUUCUCUUGUCCGAACCGACAGAUUCGGUGCUUGUCCUUAAAGCGUCCAGUCAGGAGGUUGGUCUUCAAAUGGACCUCGAUGCUGGCGAUCUAAGUACUGCACUCCAGCCCGCUGAGCACAACUGGGGCGAUGCCUUUUACGCAGACUGGGAGUAUCGUCCUCGUGCUUGUUCCAAUUUUGAGGCCUUCCGCGAUUGGUUCCGACGCUGGCUUGACACGACCCUUACGAUCUGCUGCUAUGUCGAUAUCUACCAUCCGGCUUUUUUUGAUGGUACUGCCCAUCCUGAUGGAGAAUCGUCACUCUUGAUUCCCGAUUUCGAUGACCAUUCCACCAGCCUCGAUUGGAACGACGAAGAAUCCCGCCUCCACUGCCACGAAACGGUCGAAGGUUACUGCUACAACUGGGCGUUGCGCCUCAAACGCGAGGAAGAAGAGGAGCAGGAGCGACGAGUGCGGGCUCGCAACGCCUACAUCGAGAGCACCAAGUGCACCAUCCCCAUGAUCAGCCCGCAGACUCCGAAAGCCAACCUCUACCUUCGUCCCGUUGAGGAGACCGACAUUUCCGAGCUUCUCGAUCUUUUCAACUGGUACAUCCAAAAGUCUACCCUCACCAUCGACGUGACCGCGCUUGUUGAGGAUGAAGUCCGCGAACGCAUUGAAACCGCCAAGCGUGAACGACUGCCCUUCAUCGUCGCCGCUGAGCGUCGGUCCAUCCACAGCCGGGACAACUCUUCCCAGAAGAUCCUGGGAUACGCACUUGCCACAGACACCAUUGGCGAUCGAACUGCUGAACGCUUCACCGCGGAGCUCGAGAUCUUCGUCAGACCCGAGUUCAAACGCCGGGGCAUCGGAAAAUGCCUAAUGGACAAGCUUUUGGAGGUCUGCGAUCCGACCUACAACCCCCUUGGAGGCUAUUUCUUCGAUGCCAGCUUCGAGGAUCGUACUGGUUACUAUUCGGGAGGCCGACGUCGGCUUGCUCGUCUUAUGUUCGUCAUCAGUUACCCGUACGAGGACCGCAAGCAGUACAAAUGGGUUCAUGAGUGGCUUGAACAGGAUUAUGGUUUUGAGCAACAGGGCCUGCUCCGGGGUACUCGGGUCAAGUCCAAUCGAUUUCUCUGUGUCAACUACCUUGUCCGCAGAGUUGGACCCAUCGAUGACGAUAUUAUCAGGAACUGA